AUGGCUAUUACGUCAAGAUAUUUGAGAGAUUCGCAUGGUAGUUACGAGCAAUUCAGGUUGAAGUUGUUACUGAGAUUUUAUAAAGAAAUCAUUGGGCAGUUAAAUCCUGAAAUUCUGACACAUUCAGUCAACUACACUCCUCAAUCUGACAUAGCUGGUUGGCUAAAUCUUCCUUCUGAUGUAGUUGGUCGGAUGAAACCCAUUUAUGAGGUGACUGGUCGGAUGACACCCAUUUCUGAGAUGACUGGUCGGAUGACACCCAUUUAUGAGGUGACUGGUUGGAUGACACCUAUUUUUGAGAUGACUGGUCAGAUGACACCUAUUUCUAAGAUGACUAGUCAGAUGACACCCACUUUUGAGGUGACUAGUCGAACAAACUGUGUCUGGUCGGGUGUGACUUCCACCUGA